AUGACAUCGAAAACGUUUCGUGAUCCAGUUCUCGCAACAGAUGGUUAUACUUAUGAACGAGAAGCAAUUACUCAAUGGAUUUCCGAAGAAGGCAUUAGUCCAUUUACUGGACAACCAUUACGAAUUAAUGAUUUACGAUUUGAUGAUCGUUUGCAACUUUUAGCUGAGCAAUAUCGAAAUGAACAACCACCAGAGAAUUCUGAACCGAUCGUAAGACCUAGUGCUCCUCUCAGAACACUAAUAUACUAUGAUCUACCUGAAGAAAAUCGACGAGCUACAAAGAAUAUUCGAAAAAUUUACAUUAUAAUUAUUUGCUUAUUAAUUUUUCUAAUCGGUCUCAUCCUCGGCACUACAGUAGUUGGGCUUAAGUUUUAUUUAACAGCAGUGAAUGUAACAUCGAACUAUUCCGGAGCGGUUACAAUGAAUAGUCCAACAUAUGUUGUCGAACGAAACGACAUAUAUAGAUAUGAAAAAAUGACGUAUAGAUAUAAAUCAAUUCGAGUUAUUAUAUCAACUUCUGGCGUUUAUAGGUUCGAAUGCAAUGUAGACAAUUUGCCAUAUUUUGUUUCUAUUGGAACUAUUGACUUAUUUAAGGAUAGUUUUAAUCCUAUAAACUUAUCAAUGAAUCGACUGACGUAUGAAUAUGGCGGUCAAGGAAUCCAUAUUAGUUCUUUUGGUGUUUCACUGCGAUCUGGCGCGUAUAUCUUAGUGGUUAGUAUCACUGAUGUCUAUGAAAAAUUGUUCUCUAUUUUGAUUACUGGUCCAGCACGUGUCACUUUCUCUUGAAAAAAAUAUAAAUUAAUCAAUUUUGUUUCUGCUAUUGCGUGAAAAUAAAUUUAUAUGAUCACUGAUUAAUAAAGAUUUCUGUUUAUUCCAUGCUUUUCGAUCUAAUAUUUUGAUUCUAAUUAUUCAGAAAAUAUACGAAAAAAAAAUGAGAUGAGAUUAACAGAAUUAUUUUUUUAUGAUCUGAGUAGCAGCUACUUGAGGGUGGAUGUGAGUGUGGGUUUGCGUGGAGGAAAAAAUAACACUCACACCUACAAAAUAUGUAAGAAAAACGAAAAAAUUAAUGUGGCAUGUAAUUUCCUAUAUUUAUAAACUGAAAUAUUUAUAUAUCAAAACUGAUGUUUUCAAUUCAAUUUUUUUCGAAAAACUCCAUGUAUAUUUGGUUUUGUUCGUAAAUCAAAAAACUGAAGGGAGAAAAUAAAUGAAAAUUCUAUAUGAGCAUUAAAACUGCAUAUGAUUGUGAUCUUAAAUCUCAUUAUAUAAAGAAAUUUUUCAAUUGUGUACUAAUCGGAGAUAAAUAGAGUCAUCUAAAAUUGAAUCUACGACGAAAGAAAUGAUCAUUGAAAAAAUAUUUGAUUUAAAAAUGCAUCUAAAAUCAACCACCUAUUAUCAAACAGAAAUGUUUUUAAGCAAAUGAAUAUGGCUGAGAACUUUAACACAAUCGUUUUUUAACACUGUUCAAUCUUGUUAACAUCUCAAUAGGGUAUAAGUGUGGAUGUGAAGUAGAUAUGGGUGUGGGUGCAUCAGUCCUCUCUUUCAACACUCACACUCCAAUGUCCAAGUAACAAAAAAUUUUACGAGUCAUGAAAAUGCCUUGCACCGCACAUCUUCAGUGUAUUUUGUGAUUUUUAUUCAAGGUAAAGAGUUGUCUGUUAUACUAUGGUAGCUCUGAAACAUUUUUUAAUAGUGGCAGAGAAAUUCAAUAUUUAUGUUUUAACACAGAAAACAAAAUUCAAAAAAAUGUUAAUCUUUUUUCUUUUUGUUCAGUGUUUGUAUUAAUAAUAAACAUAUAAGCAAGUUGAUGUUGUUUAUGUAUGUCAGUUAUCUUCACUCCAGUUUUCGCAAUGACUAUCAUUUGAGUCUCAACCAUGAAAUAUUGACUUUUUUAUCUACACGGAGACUAUGUUAAUACAAACGCGUUAAGUGAUGUUUUUCGUAAGAUAUGGUUUCAAGAUGUUUUAUUCAUGCAGAAAAAUCAUUUUUCAGAAGUAAUUGGAGAAAUAGUUUUCAAUCUUUCACUGGUUUUGGACAGUAUUUCAGUCGGUCAGACUCGAUCGAUUGAUAAUUUUUCUAUCAAUUCCAUUGCUGAUUGAAGCGUAUCUCCAACGAACUUUUUGAAUCAACGACGAGUCGUUCAUCAGCAUCGCUCAUGGCUAGCCGCUUCUAUGUUUAAGUAUCAUUUCUCAGUUAAUGAUUCUUUUCCAUUUAUAAUCUAUCUGAUUCACGUUUGUGCUUUCCAUACGAUAUUAUCUGAUUUAUAAUGACAGGAUUCUUGAUUAGAAAUACAAAAGCUACAGUUACUGUGCGAAUGCUUGAAGAUAGAGAACGUUAUGACGACGUCGAUGAAAUGUUAUAGUGAAAUUUGAAUUGCUUUUCUACACAUAAUAUUUAUUGAAAGUCAUCAAACUCAAAAGUUUCGAGAAACCAUCUAUAGAUUCGGAGUCCUUGACGCCGAAAACUUUCGGUCAAACUUUAUAGUAAUUGGCUUUUUCGUUAAAAAAGCCGCAAUUAGCGUUGUCUCGUUCUAACUAGC